CUUCGACGUCGUGAGAAAAGAGCCGCAUUUUGAUCGACAGCAACGCCAGGCCCGCCCAGGCGAUCGACGAAAAAAGUAUAAAGGAGCCAAAGCGGAGAAGAAUCAAGAAAAGGCAUCGCCGAAACCGAGUAGCAUGCGGGUCGACGCAUGAUUUACCAAAAGCUUAAUUCUAUCUAGGGAGAAGGACGCACUUCAUAUGUGAGCCACACCACUGCUGUCCGAGAACCUAUGUUGUCGCACUUUGACGUGUGGUAGUUGUUGUAAUGUAAUGAAUACAGUUCUUGUAAUAAAGUAUUCCCUUCGCAGGAAACUAGUUUCUUGUUCGAAUCGAAGACAUCAUACAGCAAGAUGCCUGACCAGGGUAUUUUGGCCAAGCAGUGCGCGGGAAAGCGCGCAUUCCCGCUUCCGCGUCUGCUCCCUGUAAACGACACGCUCAUAGAUUAUCUUGCGUUCGACUUCAACUACGAUUUCCCGAGUUUUCAGCUCGCUGUACAGCGCGGGCUGGAGAACUACAAUACUGGGAAAUUCCCAAAAGCCGCAGAAUAUCUCGGCAUUGCGUACGAGAUCGUGCGUAGAAUCGACCAAGUGUAUCUGCCGAUGACACAGGGAGUGCUGGUAUCAGGACGCCGUGUGUCUAUUCCAAAAAGGUCCUAGCAUCCCACUCGGAUGGAGAUGAGUCCAUUGCCACGUUGUUCUUUGCGUUUUUGAACGCCACUAUGUAUCAUGUCUAGUAAGUGCUAUCGCUAUGCUCAUUAUUUUUGACAUUGAGAUUUUGGCGUGUUUCUAUUCCUGUUCGUUGUCUUUUGACCUUUGACAUCCACAUCAUCACAGCUUCUGCGCAGUAUCGCGAAUAGCGGUUGCGGAAAAACGGUGGAGGCGUUGCACGAUAUAGAAGUCGGACUGCAAGUGCUUCCGUAUUGUGUACCUUCGAUGUUUUGGCGUGGCUUUUUACUUCUGAAGAGCGGUGAUCGAAUAGAAGCGGCCUACAAAACGCUCCAGGAUAUCAUUCGCAUUAAUCCUGAAUGGCGGAACUUGGUACCACGAGAUGGCGACAUCUCAGUGAUAUAUUGCGUAUAGUUUCUGUCAGAAAGUACGCUUCCUCUUGCCAUCUUUCGGGAUCCUGACAGGAACUGUUUCAUCUUGAUGAUGGUUGGUGAUGACCAUUCGAGAUGCACUGAUGAUGAUGAGUAGAAAAUCGCGCUAAUGUAUACUAGGCAAAGAGUUUACUAAUAAUUCAUACCAUUCUAGUACGAGUGUAUGAAAGCCGCUGUGUACUGGUACUCAAGGGUAGAGAUGAUCACAACGACAACAACGUGCUCCUUUGCUUCGCAGGUUGAGCUGACAAUCGCGCUGUUCCUCCACGUGCAUGGAUUUCAUGACAAGGCAAUUUUGAUGUGUAGCCGCGUGAUCAAGCGACUAGAAAAGGAGCACGGCUCCUUGGACCAUGAAUUCGACCGAUUGUCGAAGGAAAAUGAUGAAAAGCGCGCAGCAGGCUCAAAAGAGAAGAAGCAAGUAAGUGUGGCCCGUUCGGAGCAGGUCGGCGGGUCUUCGUCAUCGACUGCGGGUAAGGACGGCAAGACAAAGAUUGACAAGAAAACAGCAUCACAAGGGGAAACGACUAGCACUGCGCCUUCGAAUAAAGCGAGUACAGCAUAUGACCCGUACCGCAGUUACGAGACGCGGGAGGCAAAGCGCGAUCGGCAGCGGGUGAAUCUUUUGCGAGUUUUGGCAUUUUACAUAAGAGGAGAAAGCUACAAGUUCCACGAGCAUGGGGUGUACUUCGUAACACAAGCCUCGGAUGAUUUCUCAGUGGUACUUGACAUGGCGGGGUCGACUUUCAAAAGCUGGCUGGGCAAGGGUCUGACAUCAUCGCCGACGCGAGUAGACGAAAUCUUCCGCGAGUGCAAACUUCUGCAUCCUCAUUUUCCGAAAGCCGAUGCACGAGACUACACGUUCUACAGCAUGCUCACGCGUGGGCAGCGGCCUUUUUCGGUACUUUUUCAAUGAAUUUUCUUGAUCAUAUUUAUCCAUCACGAAUGACUAGGUCUUGCUUUCCUGACAUCGAAUUUGACAUUCAUUGAUGUACGAACUUCCCCACGACAUUUUGUCUAGACGAUGUCGCAGGUCUACGGCCGUGUGGUGCAAUUUUGUGUGAAGACGCGGCGCUUUGCAGCCGCAAAGAAGAAAGCGUUGAUUGCCAGCGCGAGCAACCCAAGCUCUCCCACCAAGGUGGUGAAGCGUGUGACGGCAAAAGAUGAAAGAGAGGCCAAAAAAGCAGACUUAGCACGACGACGGGCUGACAUGGCGCGGAAGCUUGGACAGCAAAACUUCAAUGACGGAUCGGAUCCUGUGAUGUGGGCACCAACCGACUACCGCAUGAGCCAUGUCACACCCUAUUUGCGUGGAUGGGUGCAGCCGGGAAUCGCAGCGCGGUCGUCAUCUUUGGGCGGGAAUCGGAGCAUGAGCCCGUCCAUGUCGCGCAGUCCGAGCAAUGCUCUGGGUGGGACGUCGAUGAGCAAGGUAACUACAGCAGGUGGUUCCUCAGUAGCGGGUGGCUACAACUCUUCGCUUGCCGGCGGAGGUGUGUCCGAUGCGGAAGCUCGGACACCACGCAAGGGGCACUACAAGCACACCGACGGGGAAGAUACUGUCAUUCCAACUCCUUGGGAAAUCAAGUCAGGGGCCCAUCGAGAUCGCCUUCAAAAAUCCAAAUCAUCACGCUCACCGAGUACUCGUCGUCAAUCGAAGACUGGAGCCUCGAAGGACUCGGCAGCAACGGGAGUAUCUUCCGCUAACAACCGACGCACCUCCAUGUCGCGCAGCAGGAGCGCGAGUCGCAGAACGCCGUCCGCGCCCUCCUCGAAAGCGACUCUGGCCACUUCCGCGCGUGGCGCGCGAAGCCGCUCUCCGGCCGCUGGGUCGCGCUCAAAAGCAAGCACAGUGGCGAGCGACGGAAAGCCACGGGUCGUGAAUGGACGACUGCUGGCGCCUCCGGUAACGGGGAGAAACCCGGAGAUCCGCGUGCCGAACAUGCCCACCGCUAAACAUGGGAUAUCGUUGAAUGUGAUCGGCGCAGACGACAACUUCACAGGUGAAUCCGAAACUAGUGCCAUGAGCAAGUCUAAUUUCCUCUACAAAUCAGGUCUCAAGGUUGGGUGGAGUGACACCCUGCUCUCGGUCGCAAAGUCGGGAAAGGAGAUUAUGGAAAGCAACGCGAUAUCGAAAGCGGUCACAGACUUACUGGGUACCUGGACCUACUAUCUAUUGUAACGAAGGAAGAAAAGACUGAAUAGAACACGACCGUUAUUUUUGUUCUUUUGACACCCAGCGAACUUUUUCAAUUCACACUAUCGAAUUGGUUUAGCUUCAUACUAACCUGAUGAUUUUGAAAAUUCUAGGUCUACAAGUAGGAUCUACGCAAGGCGACGAUAUUGGAUCGACAACCCCUAGCUCACCUGCAGCGUAUAAUAAUCAAGUUGCUGAACAAGUAGCGCAGCCUCUAAGCGCAGGUAAUGUUGUAUACGAUGCAGUAGAGUCGAAGAGUCAAUCAGCGGCUCCGCAACUAGGUCUGCCGGAGACAUCACCAACACCAGGAGGCGUAGGUGCCAGUACGCUCGACUCGUCAACUGUCGCACUAGGCGACGUGGUCAGCACCGUAACACUCCGCGCUGCAGCACAGUUCGCGCAAAUGGCAGCGGAGGCGGACGAAGCAGUGCCACCGUCUGCUGUGGCGCCUCCAGGAGAGGACGUGUCACGACCUGUGGCAGCACCAUCGGAGAAGAUAGAUGCGGUAGUUCUUGUUGAUGAUUUCGCUUGCUCAUGUGUGACUAGAUCAUUGACAAUGAAUACGUAACUUGUGGCUGAAGAUGAAAAUGACACUUCUGUAUCUGCACUAAACUAAGAAGUACAGACGAAGAUGAGUUUAGAUUUACUUAAUCGAAAAUAUCCUUAGGUGCGGGGUUCGGGGGCGCCAGAGCAACCAACGAGUGGCAAUGAUGCGGCUCCGCCACAAGCUCCGACUGGUAGCGUGAAGAAGUAUGACCCAAGUCCAGGCGAAGCACCAGUCGCUGCUGUUCCUUCGUCGACGCCAGGAGAUGCACCAGAAAAAAGUUAUAGUUCCUCAGCGGCACCGCCGAGCAGAAGCAUUAGCAUGGCGUCAGCUUCAGCAGCGAAAGCGAAACCAAAGCGGCCAAAGAGAAGUACGUGUCUAAUGAUCAUGAUUUUUUUUAACCCAUAUCCACAUAUCCCUGUAAGUAAUAUUCCAAGAUUUUCGAUGGAUUAGCCACGACGGGAAGCGCAGCCCUGGAAUUGAAAACUUUUUGGCCGCUUUGCCCGACAAUGAGAAUGAAGACAAUUGGAUAUUAUAAAUACAAGAAACCGGGGUCGCCCCUUGGGCGACCCCUCCUCGAUAACAGCACAGCCACGGGCACAGAGUAGAAACUUAAGAGAAAACAAAAAAAAAAGCGACGGAGGCACGGAGCGCCCGCCCCUUUGCGGCUGCCGUCGAGAUGAUGGAGAGGAACAAAGACCGAAGCAGCCCACGCCUGCGCGCGGAAUCAAUUAAGCACGCCACGGCAAUGAGGCAGGCCCGGCGGACAUGCGCGCGCGGGGGCGGAGGUGUUGCCAAAGCCGUAGGGGGCGCUCGACGUCGGUGAGCCCUCCCGAGCCCGCGCGUCCUGCUCGUCUUCGCUGGUCCCGCCUAGCUUGCCCAGGCAGUUUGGCUUGCCAGCUUUGGCCGCUCAGGCCUCUUCGGUCGGAGCUGCCCGCGCUCUCGCCUGGGGCUAGCUGUUCUCGGGUUUGUUCUUUGGCUCAACGAGCAGGGGCGGCCCAUCGGUCCCAUCUCGGCCCCCAAAAUGCCCCACGACCUCCCCAAACGCAGCGCGAUCGACCUCCCCAAACACAGCGCGACCUCUUAAACACAGUGUGACCUCCUAAACACAGCGCGACCCCCUAAGCGCAGCGCGGCCCCAAGCUACAACGUGGCCACGCAAGCGCAGCGCGCCCCCCAAGCAACACAUGAAGCACCAAAUACACCACGGCCCCAAAACCUACUAACACACCACGACCACCAAGAAGAGAGGCACGCCAUGACCCUCCAGGCAACCCACUAGGGCCCCUGGAACACAAGCGCCGCGCACAAAUUACUACAGACAGCCAGCCCCCAAAAGACAAAAAAAGCAACCCCGCAGACAGCACCUAGCCCCUGAGCUAUGACCUGACCCGCCCCCUUUCUUAAAAAAAAGGGCAUCCAUGGCCGUGAGAGGCACCACGACCCCCCGAGGCGCCCCCUGUCCCCAAGGGCACUGCAUGGCAAAGCGUAAAACCAACUGAGCACGGCCCCAAAGACAUGGCAUGACCCCCGGGCACAGGAUAGACCCCCGAAAAGACACAGCGUGACCGCCAAGACAUGCCAGCACGACCCCCAAAGACACAACACGAACCCCCAAAACAGCGCAGCACCCUCAACGCAGUACGGACCCCAAAACACAGGGGCAGGACCCUGAAGAGCACAGCACCCCCACCCCAAACACGCCACGGCGACGACUAGGACACACCAUGACCCCCAAGAACCACCACGACCCCCAAACAAUGGCGACCACCAUAACAGAACGCGCCCGCGGAGACCUCUCGCCCCUACAUCAUAAGGCCCCACAUGACCACGCACCAACCCAAAGCGCAGCCGCCUGGUCACCAAAACGCAGCACGACCCCAAAAGGACAGCGCCAAGCCCAUCAAGGCUCGCCUUGACUCCCCUCAGCGAAUUCAUUGCGACCAGACGGAUGCAGCACGCGACGACACUGAGCAAAGGGAGAAGAAAAAGCCGGGCCCCCAUUCUAAAGCCACAAUGUGACCCCCAAAGAGCAGCGCGCAGCCCCCGGAGCACCACGACCCUGCCCCCAUAUGGAGGACCAUGGCCCCCGAAGCGCACCACGUGCAGUGCACCUUGGCGCCGCGUGGCCUUCUAAACUCACUGCAAAACACAGCCCGCCCCGCUGCCUAAGCUGCAGCAUAGAGACGCACGCCCUGCAAAACAUUGCGUGCCCCCCUGGGAACGAAUUGCCCCCCCUGCACAGGGAGCACCCACCACCCCCCGAGCACCACCUAAGCAAGACCCCAGGCACAAAGUGACCCACGAGACACAGACCACGACCCCCCCAACGCAUCGCCAUCGAUACCCCGAAAAACGCCACGGCAUGACCUGCCUGAAGCAUCUACACGGCCCCAAAGGAUGCCGGCGCACGCAUGCCAUGACUCCCCCAACGCCGCGCAGCCUCGAGACACAGCAUCACCCCCAGGCAACCACUGCCGCCAGCAUGGACGCCAAGGAUCUCGAUGACCAUGACCCCCAAGGCGCACCGCGAUCCUUGAAAACCACCGCGGCUAGAUAUUCACAAAUCACAACUACACACCGCGCGCCCCCAAAGUAAGGAAAAAAAGCACAACCCAAGGCGAAGCAUGGAUGGCGACCUCCUGAACACACCACGACGGCCACCAAAGUAGGCGCGCCGAGUUUCUCCUGACACACCACGACCCACCAAACACGCCGCGGCCACUUAGAUACAGCGGGGCCCCUUAGUAGAAACGUGGCCCCCUGAAGACACUGCGCCGCUGCGUCUAAAACGUAACGCGGCUCCGCAGUAUCUGCAUGACCUUGAGCACGCACCACGGCCAUGCACGCUUCCAAGCUCCCCGCGAUCUUCCUCCAGACACACACCCCCCGGCACUCCGCGACCUCUCCGACCCGCAGGAAAAAACACGGCUCCUGCAGAGUAGUGAGAGGCUGCUUGGGGCACCACUACACUCAUGGCCCCCAAGACAAAAGCCGGCCCCUCAAGCACAGCGCAGCUUAAUGGACGCCAUUCCAUUGCCCCCGCCAAGCGUCAUGACCCCCCGACACGCCGCGGAUAGCACCCAAGACACAACACAACCCACCAGGCACCGAGUGACCCCCUGAAGCGCCGCAGCGCAACCCCCCAGGCGCUGCACCGUCCAAAAAGCAGAGCCAGGCCCCCCCCCCGGGCAAACACAGGCACGGCCUGAGCCCUUGGGUAUUAUGUAGCCACUGCGGCACAGCAUAACCCCCUGAGGGAACGCAGCGCGAGGUGACCCCCGAGCAUGAGGCGACCUCAGACAUUCUAUGACCCGCCAGACGCACCAUGACCCUCCAGAAACACCACGACCCCCCGGCACAUGCCACGACUAAAACCGCGCAACUUGACUCCUUAAACGCCGAGGGACCCCCGCAGACACACGAUGAACGACCACCCCAGACACACCGCGCCCCCCUCCGAGCACAGAGACAGACCGACGGACGCCGCGACCUCUAAACGCACGGCGGCCCCCCGACGCAUGUCAGGACCCACCAGCGACGCCUUGACCAGUAAGGCGCAUAUAUAAUGGCGCCCCAAACGCUGAGCGACCCACCCCCCAACACACCACGAACACCGACCGGCGCCCCGACUUCUAAACGCACUACAGCCCCCCAAACUCGCAACGGCUUAGCCUCCCCGCGUAACAUGACCCUGGGGCUGGGGGUGCAGCUUGACCAAAGCCAAACCCCCCCGGAGCAGCGCGAGCCAGGAACCUCUGAAAAGGACACAACCAGACCCCCCAGGCACAGCAUGGCCACACCUUUCCCCCAACACCACACAGCCGGACUCCUGGGGCACCGUAUGAGCAGGCUCCAAAGCUACAGCAUGGCUCCACAAAGACAAAGCAAAGACGGCACCGCCCCGGAGAGAUGGGGAGCAGCGUGGCCUCCCAAAGAAACAAACGCGCACGGCGAGAACCCUAAAGCCCAGCGCCUUGGGCUGUUUCUCUUUCUCAUAUGGAUGCAGCCAGCGCCUUCAAAAUAAGAGCAAGGGGGCCCACUGGGCGGGGCUCAGUAUCAAGAAGCCUGCGGAGCUUGAGAGGACGCCGCCCAUCGCCUGCCAGACUUUCUGGGGGUUUUCUUCUCCGAGAGAUACCACGGGGCCAGCCUGUAAAGUUGGCAUCUUUUGCGGCUUCCUCCUCGCGUUGUCGGUUGUGACCGGGUGCAGGGGGCUUGAGGGGGUUGCCCGGGUGUAAGUUGGGCGCCGCGUUUCUAUCUUGGCGAGAUUGUUGACCUGCGGACUUCUCCAGCCGCACUCCCCUCGAGGGGUGUCCGGGUCCGCGAUGAGUUAGCCGCGCGCCUACAGCUAUGGCCUCGCACCCGCGUGGCUGGCUCUUACUUUCGGCGCUUUUUCGGCUUUCUUUCCUUCGCGAAAAUCGCCAAGCAGUUGGGAAGGUGUAAAGGCGUUGCCAGCAGGUUGCCCCCCUUUUUAAGGUACCCCGCUCGCAGCCUCCGAACGCACACGCCCAAGGUAGGAGGAGCUGCGAGACGCUAACCCCCCUAGUGUGGUGUUGGUUUUUCUGCAGUUUUCGUUGAGGCUCUCAAGCGUCGCCGCGUCUGAUCUGGCGUGGAAGUUGGGAGGGGGGGGUUGCGCAGGGGUUGGACAGGCACAGGGGUUGGGGAGGGGUUGGACAGGGGUAGGCCCCCCCUGCCCCCCCUUCUCCUCCCGAGAAUCCCUCAAGAAACCCGGCCGUGAUUCUCUUGACCAUUUGGACAGGCACAGGGACCGGAGAGGGGUAGACCUCCCUACCCCCCUUAGGACCCCCCUUCUCCCCCCAACAAUCCCUCGAAAAACCCGGCUGAGGCUCUUUUGGCCAUUUUUACUGUUUGGACAGGCACAGGGGUCGGACAGGGGUAGGCCCCCCCUACCCCUUCCCUAGGACCCCCCUUCUCCCCCCGACAAUCUCUCAAAAAACCUUUCUAGACUCUUUUGGCCAUUAGUACUCUUUUGAUAUUAGAAUAAUUUAUAGAACGGAUUUAGGAUGGACUUGGAUGGAUCGGAUGGACCCCCCUAAAUCUUCCGAUCCUACUUGAAAUGGUGGGAAGUCCAUCCGAUCCAUCCCAUCCCGGAUCUGGCGCGCACCCCUAUGAAUUAUUGUAAUAUAUAAUUACACGACGCAUGCGCAUCCAAUCAUCUCGUUGAUAUUCCAAUCCAAAUUGAUAUCAGCGUCGACGCAGUCGCAGUACGUCGGUGCCGAUCCGACUGUGUUAGAAGCGUUUGGUCUAAAAAAUAUCGAUGUCGGAGGUGGUGAGACGGACGACCUACUAAAGCUUCACGAAACGCCUCUGAACACAGCUCCGCAGCCCUAUGCCGUGGAAGCGGCUCUUUCUCGUAUUUUGCCUUGCUGUGGUCUUUGUCUAUAAAUCUUUUUUCUAAUACCACACACAGACUGCAAUUAUUCAUCCCAAUGUUUGAGAUAUAACCGAUGCUCAUGUUAAUAACCGCGUUUCCCCCAUUACUAUGAAUUACACCUGCUAGUAGUCGUGCUCGUGUAACAAUAUCAUUGAGAUCCGUCCAAACUGCGUUGAAGAUGAAAUUGAAAAGAAUCAGGUCCAUUGAAAGAAGCUAAGAUUCCACCAUCUACGAAGUAUGAGGAUUGGUGUCACGAGGCGAUGAUACGUGCCGAAUACUAUUAUCGGAAAGAGCUUGCCGAGCGUGGAGAAGGUAGUCCAACCGCAGACGAAACUGGUGGCGGGAUUUUGUGGCAUGGUUUUGUUUUUGUUACAAACUUUUUUUUUUCUAUGAAAAUUUAGAUUUAGUGUGCUCAGCAUGUUUUUCUCAUAAUGAACGUAAGUCUACUUAGAUACAUGCACUUAGCACGAGCUGAGCUAAAAUGCUUUCACUUCUCUUCUUCUGACUAUCGAAUAGCUCCAAAAUGAAUUUUUGUUGAUGCAGCCUUAGAAAGCUAAAAAAAAGAAAUCGAAGCACGACUGUUCUUUUCUAAUCAUCGGCGGCGAGCGCGCAACGCUCCGAGACAAGUACAAGCGCGAUGAUAUCUGUUCGCACUUGAGGAACAUCGCCGUCUACAGGGCGAAGGACGGUACGAAGAAAGAUGUCAUAGACGUAAUAUACGAUGGAGGUUUUGAGGAUGUCUGCUUUGCGGAUUGCGGGAUAGAUGCAAUCCAAGAAGUAACGGAUAUGGCGGUGGUCGAUCCUCGCGACUAUACAAAGCAUUUUGUCGCUAUUUGAGUUCUUUGCUUUGUACAGUAUUUACUUUUUACUCAGUGUAUUUGCUUAAGAGGUACUAGAGGUGCAAGUCAAUGCAAUGAAUACAAUGUAAAAUUCAAAGGUGAACAUUAUCCCAUCAAUCAUUGCUAAAAAAAGCAGGUUCGUAGAGGUAAUGCAUCCUGUGUCUAAUACAGCUUAGUUGAUGAGCCGAUCCUGAAUAAUUUCUUAUGCUGAAAAAUGUCAAAGAAAUUUAGACGAUCAAAUAGUGUUGUAUGAUUACUUCUUUUCGUUUCAAUUUCAAUAUCCGCCGUUACUGUUGAACGUUGGUUGUGGAUCUAUGUAUAAGGAAGCUACAGUUUUUCUUCAUUAAAGCUCAUUAAAUAAUGAAAAAAGUUGCUCCAAUAUAUAAUGAUCACGUCGAGAAAUUAGUGGUUGAAAUUAGAUAAGAUAUCCGCAUUUGCUGGGAAAAGCAUGCGCAGCGCUUUUCUUCUUUCCCCAAAAGCGGACUUCUCUAUCGUGGCUGUUCUUCUAGAAUAUCUUUCCUACACCCGCUUAUCGUUAUUCUGCCUCUGUUGUGCAAAGUUACUGGCAACUGAAUCUGAAACCAACGUAUAUCCAUGCAGAGCUUUUUUUCAUGCACAGGUAGCGAACUUAACUUUUUAGGGCAAAAAUACUAGUAGAGUAAUGGUAGAUCAUCUUAGUUUCUCACCAACAACCAAGCAGAUUGAUAACACUGAGCACCUGCCGUUCUAAGGACUGCCGUUCUAGGGACAUCAAAACGAACAUUGCAGAUAAAUUUUCACUAAAAUUGCAGAGGAGAUCGAAGAUUGCGCAAGGGGUGCUUAACAGGAAUAUUAGAGGCUCUUUUUGUCGAUGCAGCGUCCGUCGAAUUUUUAGAAGAAGUGUGUCGCUUCAUGAUCGCACAUCUAAGUACCUAGCGCCGUGCCG